AUGCGGCAUUUACAGCACAUGAGCGAGAACACCUCGGACGCGGCUAGUCAGUACUUGUUAGGGUUCUUGUACGCCUCGGGUUUGAAGGGCGUGGAACAAGAUCAGAGUCGGGCAUUGUUGUACUACACCUUCGCGGCGAUCCAGGGGCUGCCCGAGGCAGAGAUGACCCUCGGAUUCAGGUAUUGGAUGGGCAUCGGGGUCAAGGAGGAUUGUAUGCGGUCUUUGGAUUGGUACGAGAGCGUGGCGCACAAAGCCUAUGCGAACUUCAUCUCGGGCCCGCCUGGAGGCAAAACAUUACCGUUGAGCCCAACGAGAUUGUCCGACCUGGCAGGAGGUGUCUACGGGAUGGGCGCUUCAGUCGCGAGUACGGGACAUUUGGCGAAACGACCGGCGAUCAAGGCGGCCAAUAGUCUGGCCGGAGGCGAGAACUUUGACGAUGUACUGCAGUAUUAUCAGUACCACUCGGAUCGGAAUCAUCAUGAAUACUCGGUCAUCCUCGGCCGGAUACAUUACGUCGGCUCAGUAUACUCUGUACCUGGAGGGGUCGCCAGCGGAGCCGAGGCGGUCGGCGAGACGGUACAAUCGUACAAGCUGGCGAGCUACUAUUUCACUCGAGCCGCCCAUGCCUACUGGGGACCUGAAGUACCGAAGCUGGAUCCGAAGACUGGCGGUCUGCCCCCGGCGGGGAUCGCUGCGGCGUACCUAGGGAGAAUGUAUUUGAGGGGAGAGGGUGUGGAGCAGGACUUCGUAAUGGCAAGGAUGUGGCUCAAGCGGUCGUCGGAUCUGGGCGAGAAAGAAGGUCACAACCUGUUGGGCAUCAUGUAUAGAGACGGACUCGGAGUGCCCAUCAACAUCGGUUCUGCAAAGGCGUACUUCCAGGCAGCUGCUCAGAUGGAGUUGGCCGAGGCCAAGGUUCACCUCGGGAAGUUUGCAGCCACCUCGAACAACCAGGUUGAAGGAGAACCUAAAUCGAUGGCACACUAUACGUGGGCGCUCGGGAAUGGUAACCCGUUCGAGGCCUUUUAUCACCUUGGUUUGAUUCACGCCAAGGCUGCCAGGCUGGAGAACCCGGCUCUGGCCAAAAAGACGGGUACGUGCGGCGUCGCCGUUUCAUACCUGAAGAGCAUGGUUGAACGAGGUAGUUGGGACUAUGACAUGAUGGGAGAGGCCGACGCGGCUUGGAAGCGCGGAGAGAAGACGACCGCACUCAUCAGGUGGUGGAUCGCGGGCGAGAUGGGCUACGAGAUUGCUCAGAACAACGUGGCGUUCCUGCUGGAUCAAGGUGACUCAAAAUCUGGCAAGCUUUCGAAAUCGGUCUAUACGUUGUCUCCUGCGGACAAGGCGGAUAUCGCACAAGACCUGGCACUCUCGGCACUCGUACACUGGAUCCGCUCGGCUGGUCAGCAGAAUGUCGAUUCGCUCGUCAAGGUCGGUGAUUGCUACUACCAAGGAAUAGGUGUGACAGACGGAGAGAACCGAUAUGAGAAGGCCGCGGGCUCGUAUCAGAGCGCUGCAGACACUCAAGCCAGUGCUGUAGCGUUCUGGAACCUAGGUUGGAUGUAUGAGAACGGUUUGGGCGUAGCACAGGACUGGCACCUCGCCAAGCGCUAUUACGAUCUUUGCUCUCAAACGGAUCCUGAAGCCGAAUGGCCUGUAAUGCUCUCCCUCGUCAAGCUGUAUCUUCGCAGCUGGUGGGCUCAGCUGACGGGAGGGAAACAAAAGCACCUAGCGCUCUUUGGCCUGCGCAAGCCGAUGAUCGAGGACGGUUUGCCUGGCUCGAAAUCCGCACAAGCCAAUCGCCAGCCUAGUAUCGAGGACGAGAUGGACGAGGUUACAUGGGCACGGUCUAGACAGCGGGAUGAACUGGAAGAUUCAUAUGACGACUAUCUGGAAACGGGUCGGACCGUGCGCAGAAACUCGAGGAUGGAUGGAGGCGCGGAUGGCUCUGAAGAUGGUGACCUCUUGGAAACCAUCUCCAUCGCACUCCUUGUCAUUGGCUUCUCGACUCUGAUGUGGUGGCGAGGUCGUGUCGCACGACAGCGCGAAGAGAGAGAGCAAGCAGAACGACGGGCUCGAGGACAGGUCCCGCCAGAUGCGGAGCGCAGGGCAGAUCCCAAUGCUCCCUUAGGUUUCGUACCAGCUGCACCCGUCCAGAUAUAG